GCAGCGGCAGUGUGAAGUUUGUUCGGUCGCGCUGCGGGGAGAGAGAGAGAGAGAGAGAGAGCACUGCUGCUUAUGGACAUUAUUUAUCAAGGAAUAAGGAAAGCAAAUAAGGGUUCCAGCUUAGUUUAAAAGGAAAAGAGGCAACACAUUCAUCCAUUCAAAUGUUCCAGUGCCAGUCACAGCAAGCCUGACUCUGGAGGACAAAAGUCUCAACCCAAAGGAGCCAAGAAAGCUAUCAAAAAGCAAACAGCCAAGUGCAUUGUGUUUCUUCCUCUUGAUGACCUUCUCAGAAGUAACCUCUCUGAAAGUUGUAAGACUCUGAACAAGAAGACUGAUGGAGGGGUAAAGAAAGAAAAGACAUAUUUGGACUUAAAGGCAUAUUGGGACUUCUAUUUUUGCUUCUCUGUGGUAAGGGGAACGUCUCAUUUGGGAUUACAGUUGGAAAGAGGAAAAAGGAUUUGCUCUUGCCCUUCCCAUCGAGUGGCUAUAUAAAUACUGCAUAUAGAUCAAUUUGUUCUUGUUCCAAAAGUAUCCAAUCUAGAGACUAACUCAAGCAAAAAACUGCUGAAAUCUGCAUAGCAUGGAUAUUUACAUUUAGAAGUUCUGGUGGCCAGUUGGAACCCUGGACAGAAAUUCUUGCUCACGACUAUCCUGCUCCUGAGCCCUUGGCUUGUGAUCAAAAAAGUGACCAUCUCAUAGGGACACUGGCACUGGAGGCUUCUGUUUGGAUGCUUUCUUCCCAGUGGGGAGGUCAAUGAUGAAGCCCUUAACACCUGUUGGCUCUCCAUCGCCCCUGCGCCUUCUUAACAAGGGCCCAGAUUACCUGCGCAGACAGAUAGACAGUGGAAAUCGGUGCCGCUCUGUUAGUGCUGUGGAGAGGUUAGAAGCAGACAAGGCCAAAUAUGUCAAGAGCCAGCAGGUCAUCAACACCAAGCAAGAACCUGUGUUAGUUCCUUGUGCUACCCCUCCACCCCCAUCACGCCGCAACUUUGCUGCACCAACACCCAUGACACCUGUUCUGUCUCGACGCCCACCACUUAGUCCAUGCCCUCUCUCACCCCGCAACAACAAUGACGACAAUUCCAGGAAGGAGAACCUCAGAGCUCUGUAUCUUGAUGUAGAAAAGCAAAACCAAAACAAUUCCAGUAGAGCACCUCUGCCAACUCCAAGGAGCCCAAAUGGCAUCCCGUUGGUGGCACCACACAGUGCCCCCAUGAUGAGACGGAGCAUUGGGAAGCGCAUGCUGCGGCCUGACUCCCUGGUCAUCUAUAGGCAGAAGAAAGAGUGUAAGGGUCCAAUGGGAAAUGGUGAUGGAAGUACAAGCACUGAGACAAAAGGCUACAGCUUUGUGCGGCGGCUCUUCCAAGGUUCUAUGCGAGAGAAGAAUAGUAGAAAUGAUGAUAAGCUGACAAUCAGUGAGGAGAAAUCUUCAUCACGGGAUGGAGACUCACACAUGUCAUGGUCUAUUGACCGGGACACAGUAGAUGGUGGGAAUGGGACAAGGCGAUCCAGCAGGACUGAGUCAAACAAUGGCAAUAGCAGCUUCCAGGGACCUUGUAUUUCCUUUAGAAUGACAAAUUCCCUGAGAAAUAGCAUGGAGAACGAGAAUGAUAUGGACCCUUGGAAGCCAGUGAUGCCACUCCGGCGCUCUAAAUCAGACCUUCGACUUUGCUCAUCACUGGCAUUGUCUGAACAGGAGCGGUUCUUUGACUUCUGUGGUCUUGACUGGGACUUGGUGGAUCGGCUUGGGCCUGAGAACUUCCCAGCAGGUGCCAGCUCAGUUGACACUCUCUCACUGGUUCUGAGGAGUGUUGGGGGACUGGAAGGUGGCUCUGAACCAAGUGAGUUUUCUCGCCAUUCAGGAGAGGGCCUCUUCCAGGAGGAAGUGGCUGAGCAGGUACCCUCGGCUGUGUCCAUCAUCGAGAGGAAUGCCCGUGUGAUAAAGUGGCUUUAUGGCUGUAAGAAUGCAGUGAGGGAAGGACCCAAAGGUCCCAAAGAGUCAACUGUGUAGCCAGUAAACAAGACAAACCUCAAGACUCUUGGACUACGUGCCGCAUUGGCUGUUACAUAUUUGAAGAACUACUAUAUUUAUUUCAUUUGGAAUAUUUGUGUAUGAGAGAACUUUACAGGAUGAUAAAUGGCACAUCGUUUUCUUACAUUUGAGUGGGAAGGGAGCUGGAAAAAAAAAAAGACUGUUUUUCAUUUUCCUGUCUGUAAUUUGGUGAUCUCAGUUUUCCCAUCCUUGCAGUGAUCCCAUUCUCUCUGUAAAUAAGCAAUAGUAGUAUGUUCUGUUCAUUUUGCUGUUGGAGAACAACGGCGCUGUGUGCUCAAGUACAUCUCAAUAGAUGAAUAAUUAAAAAUGGAAAACCACUAAGCUCUCCCUGUACUGGGGAUCUAAUGUGUGAGUGUGAAGUGAACCGUGCAUACCUCUAGUUUGUGUUGUUUUUCCUCCAUUAAACGCAGGUGUUGGAACAGACAGACAAUAGACCUAUGUUAAUGCACUAAUGCACUGAAUUGGUUGGGGUUGGUGUAGGGGGGAUGACACUUAUUUUAGUUUGUGCAAACAGCCUUGGUCUUGGACGACACCCUAUGCCAAAGAAAUAUCCCCAAUUAAACUAAGUCUCAGUUAACUACAAUAGUUUGAUUCACUAAAGUCAAAUUUGUUUGUCAUUUUAAUCCUGAUUAUUUCGAAAUCGCCAUGACAAUCACAUUUGUUGUCUUACUAAAAGCGAAUGAAACUGUCAUUUCCAAAUACAAGUCAUACACAGACACUUAUUUUAGCUAAAUUGACAAAUUAGCAUCAGUAACAGGACUGACCUUAUGACCACACUCCCCAUACUGAACCAGAUUUCUCAUGGCCAAUGAAGCAGAUUCAUCACAAUGAAACUGUUCGUCCCGUCAGCCAGAGGGUCGGGGUCAUUUUUAGAAAUGUUGAUGAAAAAUGAAUCUGAGGUCUGCUGUGGAAUUUCAGGGUCACAGAAUAAAUUUAGACAGAGGUGGCUGGGUAGAAAUACACAAAUUCAGACAUUUCACCUGCAGCAUGACACCCAAAUAAAUCCAAGUGCUCAAGCUGUUUCCAGAUCUCUCUCUCUCUCUCUCUCUCUGUCUUGCAUGUUUACAGACCAAGUUGGUUUUUGUUUCUGUCAAGAAGAGGUUUAGACUAUAUUUACAAAGGUUUAUAAUUCAUGCAGGCAAUGAAAAUAAAGUUGUAUUUGUAUUUUUAAUGAA